AUGACGAUCCCAAAGUACGGCGUCUGGGCCGCCCAACCAACCCACUACACGGCCGAGACCGAAAAACAAGACCCCAAGUCCCCGCACAUCUACCUCUACUUCAAAGACGACACCAGCAGCAAACAGCACCAGGCCGCCAUCAACGUCAAAUCCACCGACAAGGAUACCCGCCUCGUCUUCUGGCUGAACCGCAACUUCUCCCACCCAAUCACCCAGGACCUGUCCUCCCUCGAUGAAGGGUUCACGCUCCUCAGCAGCAACAGCAACAGCAACAGCACCGAGCUGGAAGGACUGGACUACAUCCGCACCGAAGGCCUCGUCGACAUCAACGCAGGCAAGGUCCUCCCGCACGAUAUCCCCGGCCCGAACAACGACAUCUUGGACUCCCUCGAUCCGAUCCUCUCUGGUGCGAUUGCCCAAAAGGCGCGGGUGUAUAUCUUCGGCUCGUCGUAUGGCACGGGGAUCCACGACGUGCAUAUGAAUCAGGGGAGUCUGCCGCAGUUUGAGAACGGGGUGUAUGAGGAUGGGGCGUUGCUGUUUGAGUUUGGGGAUGGGCAUUGGGAGGCUGUCUUUUUGGCGUUUGCGUCGCAGAGGAUCCCGACGGAUCAGAGGGGAGAGGCGGAGAAGGGUAGUAAAGAGUUGGCGGAGAUAUUGGGGGAAUAG